AUGUCGUCUGCUUUCAAAACGGUUUCGGAGGAAGUCGACAAGCUGGCCAGCAAUGACUCGCUGGAGCAUAUAUUGGCCGACUCGAAGUCGCUUUUGGACAACCUGCGAAAGCUCAGGAACGACGUGGAGAACGAUCAAGAUGAUAUGACUAUGAUAAAGACCCAGUUCAAGAAGUGGAAUGAGAACACGCUGAAGAACGAAAAGUCCAUAAACAAAUCGAUCAAGAACUACAGCUCCAAGAUUGACAAGGUGCUCAAUUUCAACCUCUCUGAUGUCUAUACCUAUCAGACGGUGGAUGUGAACUCAAAUCCGCGGGCCCGAAAAUUAGUGGAUCGCGCGAUUGUGAUGGACUUGCUGCGCAAUGGCCAUUUUGAUGUUCUGGAGCACAUUGAGAGGCAACGCGGGAUCAAAAUCCCGCAGGAGCUAAUAGACAAGUUCAAGCAACUGAACGAUAUCCUGAUCAGUUUCAGAGAACAUGACGAUCUUCGGCCAGCUAUCACCUGGGCCGCUCGCCACUCUAAUGAACUGAAGUCGAUAGGUUCCGACCUGGAGUUCAAUCUGCACAAACUGCAAUUCAUCAAGCUAUACAAUCAGAGCAAGAACAACGAGCCAUUCGAAGCCUACAAAUACGCAAGAGACAACUUCCCAGAUUUUGGAACAACGCAUCUAGACACGAUCUCGAAACUACUCUUUACAAUCAUGUACUCCUCGUCGACGCCUGACUGCGGCUUUGAAAAUUACCUGACUGACGGGGAUAUGUCAAACGAGACCUUUUACAACCAAAUAUGUCAGGACUAUUGCUCUUUGAUCGGACUUUCCUCAAAUUCGCCUCUCUACAACACCCUGCUUACCAGCUACAUCGCCUUGCCCAGCUUUAUCAAAUACCACAGGAUCUCUAAGAGUUCGGGCAAUCUCAACUGGACCACCACCAACGAGCUUCCGUUCGAGAUCAACCUGCCUCCAUCGCUGCAGUUCCACUCCAUCUUCAUCUGUCCGGUGUCCAAGGAGGAAACGACUUCCGAAAACCCCCCUAUGGUGCUUCCAUGCCACCAUAUCAUUUCCAAAGACAGUCUCAUCAAACUGAGUCGCAACAGUGUGGCCAACUUCAAAUGCCCUUACUGUCCGCGAACUAGCACCAUUGCCCAGGCUGUGCAGGCUAGAUUUGUUAAUCUAUGA